AAUAAUCGCUGCAACAAUCGAUUAUUUUAUGAUUCGUCCUACCAAUUUACGCAUAUGCACACUGAUCAGGUGAUAUAUAUCGACAUCGUUAUAAACAAAAUAGAAAAAAACAUUCGAAUUCAUCUGUUGAUAUUUUGAUGAUUUGUAUUCCUGUUUGGGCCUUGGGGUGCUUAUUUUUUUCACAAAGUUUUACGAUCCCUUUACUCUGAGAGUAAAAAGCAGCAGGUUGAGCUAAUCAGGACAUCAUCAUCAUCUUCAUCGAAUCACAUCAAAUAAUAAGACUAGACAAAAAACUUGGCAAAUACUGACAAUAACACUUCUCCAAUAAAUAUCGCAAGCAAGCAUUUUUUCCCCAAUUCGAUAUUCGCUUAUUUGUUUGCGCUUGCUGUGUGUAUGUUUGAUUUUCGCUAAUUUGUAUAUUUUGUGAUUUGUGAAGACGACGACGACGGACAAGACAACAUUACCAACAUUGAUAACAACAAUGCAUCGUCGAUCUGCUGUUCGUAAUAAUAAUAAUGGCAAAGAAUUGAGGACAUUGGUACAUCGUAAAGACAACAGCAAUAAUAAAUUAUCGGCCGUUGUCGUUAUCGGGGAAGCUUCCGAAUCUGAUGAUAAUGAUGACCAACUUGAUCAGGUUCAAAUUAUUGAUGAUGUUUUACCAAUGGCUGAAGAUAUCACUGCUGGUGAGGUAAAACAAACAUCAUUCACUAGUUCCGAAUCCAUUGGUCAUGAACGACCCAACAUGACCGAGACGAAUGCAACAAAGAAUACAAACCAAUAUGCAAAUGACAAACAAAAAAACAAUUAUAAAGGUGUGACAUCGAUCUCAUCACCAAUACCUCAAUCAUCAGGGACAAAAAAUCGACCCACUUUAAAAGAUUCCAUGACUACGGCAUCUUGUCAUCAUCGUCAAAGUAGUAAUUCCAGCCUUUUACAUUCAUUGUUAAAGGAAAGUAAUGAACAUGUUAAACAAAACUUAAUCAAAGUGUCCUGUUCACCAUAUUUGAUGGCCCAAAAGAAAUAUAGCCAAAUCAUUCGAAAUUUGUUGUCCACACAAAAAUUAUUACAAACAAGUUGCCAACUAUUACAAACGAUCAAUGAUGACAUCAAUCAAUUGGAUAAGUCAUUCAUCACAUUGUCUUCGACGAUUGUGGCCAACAACAACAAAUUGUUAUCCUGACACAUACACACCAUAGUUCAAAUGUUUGUGUUCCAAAUGAAACCAUGUAAAAUGUCUAAUUUCAAGCAUUGCAACCAUUCGAUGGUCAAAAUGGCGUGAAUAGUCGUUGAAUUCGAACAAGAAUUAUCAUUAAAUUCUAUUGUCCCUACAUCAUUGUUUUCUUUUUUGUCGACUCAAUUUCUGGGCUUUCCAAAUGUUAUUUUAUCUGAAUUACAUGAAAAAAAAUCAAUUUUAUGAUCAGAAUCACCCAAAGCAAUUCAUAUUGACCAUGACCAUUUUUAUUUUCAUAUCUGAAUGAUCUGGUAAAAAUAAAAUGGCGCCAUCUGUCGAUAGUAGUGGUUUUCAAAUGAA